UUUGAUCAUCGUUUGGUCAGUUGCACAAGAUGAGUUUUCUGGGAGAGUAGCUGCACCAGUUUGUUGUUUAGAAGAGGAGUCAAAAUUCACACCUCUGCUCCUGUGGCCUCUCCGAGUCUUUCCCAGACAGAUCCAGGCCGAGUCCUGGGGUCUGCGAGACAGAGAUGGCUACCCUAGGUCUGCAGAGGUGUCACCUCGCACCUCUGAGUCCAACAUAUAAACCUCCAGCCCGCAGUCCAGCCUUCAUUCAAUAUGGAAAGCUUAAGCCACAGCCAGCAGAACCAGUGGAGCUGUUCAAGCUCAGAGUCCGAGUUUUACAGCAUUUCCUCUCCAGACACCAUCUCACCGGAUCCAUCCAUGUACCGGGGCAUCGCCCCAUCCCACCGGGUGCAGCUUGCAUGCUCAAAACCAGUCAAACCUGCAGGUGUCAUCAAGAAGAAACGCAGAUUAAGGCUGACGAACCCGAGCGAGCAAAGACAGAAUGCCAGUGAGAAGGAGAAGCUGAGGAUGAGGGAUCUGACCAAAGCUCUCCACCAUCUCAGGACCUACCUGCCUCCAUCCGUGGCUCCCGUAGGCCAAACCCUGACCAAGAUCGAAACGCUCCGGCUCACCAUAAGCUACAUCUCAUUCCUGUCUUCUCAGCUGAGUCACGGUGAAGAAGAGCUGAACCACAGGAAGAACAGGAAGUCCAGCAGCUGCUCCUGUUCUCCAGAGAUUGUUGGUUAUUUUCAGUAUAUGGCUGGAGAUUGGGUUGAGCAAGGACAAGGUGACAGUGACUUUGAUGGACAGUAUGAGGGUUGCUCUGGUCAUGCAGAGCACUGUGAUGAGAUCAACAUGGAUCAGUGUGCUGGUUCCUCAAAGCAACAUUCAACAGAGCAAAACUUCCAGUCACAACAGUGUGCUCAAACAUCACAGACAUACCAGCAGGAGUCAAAUAUGACACUUCUGUUUGUGGGAACUCCAGUCACUGAUCUCAUCCACCACCAUCAUCUGCUUCAUCACUACAGGAGCCCUAAGAAGGUGUCAUUUUCAGACCCGUGA